UCUUCCCUUUCUAGCUUCUCUGUGGCGGCUUGACGAUGAGUUCGCAGGGCGGCGCCAAGAAGGAGGAGAAGGGCAAGAACAUCCAAGUGGUCGUGAGGUGCAGGCCUUUCAAUGUGUCUGAGCGCAAAGCUAAUUCCUAUGGAGUAGUGGAGUGCGAACAUUCCAGGAAAGAAGUGACAGUUCGCACUGGAGGGGUGUCUGAUAAAACAUCAAGGAAGACAUACACAUUUGAUAUGGUUUUUGGAGCUCAAGCUAAACAAAUCGAUGUGUACCGGAGUGUUGUGUGUCCCAUUUUGGAUGAAGUACUUAUGGGCUAUAAUUGCACUGUGUUUGCCUAUGGUCAAACUGGUACAGGAAAGACAUUUACUAUGGAAGGGGAGAGAUCACCUAAUGAAGAAUAUACAUGGGAAGAGGAUCCAUUAGCUGGUGUAAUUCCCCGUACACUGCAUCAAAUAUUUGAAAAGCUUGCAGAAAAUGGUACAGAAUUUUCUGUGAAAGUAUCUUUGUUGGAAAUCUACAAUGAGGAGCUCUUUGAUCUUUUGAAUCCAUCUGCAGAUGUUGGGGAAAGGCUGCAAAUGUUUGAUGAUCCACGCAACAAGAGGGGUGUCAUAAUCAAGGGUUUGGAAGAAAUAACUGUUCAUAACAAGGAUGAAGUCUAUCAGAUCUUAGAAAGAGGAGCAGCAAAAAGAACCACUGCAGCUACUUUCCUGAACCAAUAUUCCAGUCGAUCCCAUUCGGUGUUCUCUGUCACGUUACACAUGAAAGAAACAACAACAGAUGGAGAAGAGCUUGUUAAAAUUGGGAAGCUAAACUUGGUUGAUCUGGCAGGAAGUGAAAACAUUGGUCGUUCUGGCGCUGUUGACAAAAGAGCUCGUGAAGCUGGAAAUAUCAACCAGUCCCUGUUGACUCUGGGAAGAGUCAUUACUGCACUUGUUGAAAGAACCCCACAUAUCCCAUAUAGAGAAUCUAAGCUCACUAGAAUCCUGCAAGACUCUCUUGGGGGACGCACAAAAACGUGUAUAAUUGCAACAGUUUCUCCUGCAUCCAUCAAUGUUGAGGAAACCCUGAGUACUCUUGAAUAUGCUCAUAGAGCAAAGAAUAUCUUGAAUAAACCUGAAGUGAACCAGAAGCUCACAAAACGGGCACUCAUUAAGGAGUAUACAGAAGAGAUUGAACGCUUAAAACGAGAUCUUACAGCUGCACGGGAGAAAAGUGGCGUCUACAUUUCUCUGGAAAACUAUGAUGCUCUUCAUGGGAAGUUGACAGUUCAGGAAGAACAAAUUGCAGAGUAUAUUGAAAAAAUUGCAGCGAUGGAGGAAGAACUGAAAAGAAUCUCAGAGUUAUUCACAGUUCAAAGAAGUGAAAUGGAAAAGUGCCAAACAGACCUACAGUUCAGGGAAAAAGAACUGGAAGACACUCAGAAGCACUUGGAAACAACCAAGGUUCUUCUUGUCGAAGAAGAGUAUGUGGCAUCAGCUUUGGAGAACACAGAAGAAAAACUUCAUGGCACUGCUACCAAGUUGCUUAGUACAGUUAAGGAAACCACCAAAGAUGUAUCUGGUCUGUAUGCAAAACUACAUCGUAAGCAUGCGGUUGAGCAGCAUAAUGCAAAAGCCCAAAAGACGUUUACAGAUCGUAUGAAUACAUUCUUUGGUGAAAUGCAAAACUCUAUUAAGGAGAACUAUUGGAAACAGCAGCAGAUGCUGGACUCUUAUACCUUUUCGAUUGGUGAUCUUCUGUCUGCUAGCUCUUCCGCCUUUGGAGUUACUGCAACAGCUAUAGAUGCAGCAUUCAGCUCUUUAAAGGAGAUCAUUUCCACUGAAGUUUCUAUAGCUUCUGAAAAUAUACUGAAGCAGGAGGCACUGACACUGGAAAAUAAAAAUGACCUGCAGAAAGUCAUAGAAGAGCACUCCUCUGGAUUGGACAGAGCAUUAAGUAGUCUGUCACCUGUGGUGCUACAUGUGCUGAAUAUGAACGCUCAACUACAGAACAACUUAAAGAAAUAUUCAUUUAUGGCUGAAAAGAUGAUUGUCCUUAAAGAGGAAAUGGCACUUUUCUUCCAAGAACAUGCUCUUGCUUUGCGUAAACUACAAGCAGACAGUUCCCAAAUGUUUGCUCAACUUCAGCUUGAUUGUGACAGCCUGCAAGAAGAGGUGGAGUUGACAAAACUGGCACAAAAAAAGGGUACAGCACAGCUUAUUGCUUCUCUGCAAAACCAGCUGAGCCUGCUAGAGCAAGAAACUCAGCAGAACCUAAGUGGAGUCCUAGAAAAAGGUGGAAGACUCAAGAAGAAUACUACUGUUGUACAAGAAAACGUAGCUAUGCAAAGUACUGGCCUUGUCAACUCUACAACUUCCCAGCAUAGCAUAUUGACUCAGCCUCUGGAUGACUUUUCUCAAGAGAUCAGGCACUCCAACAAUGAAAAUACUAAGGUACUCUUGGAAUCAGCUAGUUGCUGUGAGGACCUGGGCAGCAGCCUGAGAAGUCUGAGCCAGGAAACAAGUAACUGGGCUGAAAUUGCAGCUACAAAGAUGACCUGCAUAGUUAAUCAACAGAGAGCCUUUCUCAGCAGCAGGAAAGAACACGUACAACGCAUUUACAAGAAUCUAGAUGCCACUUGCAACACGUCAGUUGCUAAAAUUGCAGACCAUCUUGACCGUCAAAAGGAUGCUGAACAGGUGGUCCUCAGGGAGAUCUUCGACAAGUCACAGAACGAUAAGAAUGUGCUUAUGAAGCAGGAAGAGACACUCCUUGAAGAGACGGCGGAUGGUUUAAAUCAAGUUAAUGAUUUUGUGACAGAGGAACUGAAAGUAGAUAUUCCAACAGGAAACACCCCACAAAGAAAAGACUACCAUUACCCGGUGACAGUUGUGAAAACAGAACCCCGUGAUGUCUUGCUUGACAAGUUAAGGCAAAAGCAAGGAGAGCUCACAGCUACACUGAAGGCUGCUUCAACAACCAUGGCUUCCAAGGCCCUAGAUCAGGAUUCUUUGGAGGAUGAAGAGGAGAUAAGAGACACCAAUGAGAGCCUGUUCAAUGAAAAAUCCUAUUUGGAGCCAAGUGUGUGUAUUCAGACAAAUGGUGGUAUACCAUUCUUCCAGCAUAAAAGAAGUGUCAAACAUGAUAAAGAGAACAAAUCAGCAGCCUUCCUGGAAAAAUCCAAGGAGGAGGACGACUCAGCAGACACACCUAUUUUAAAGUCCAAAUUUCCAUUAAGAACACAAAACUAAGGAUCUACAACAUCCCUGCUUCUUUCUCUCCAGUCUUGCAGUUUAUCAGCUUGAGCUCUGCACUUGGUGCUGUAGUGUCACUGUUUUAGAUUACCUGUAAAGAGAUCUAUUAAAGACCUCACUGCUUUUUAUACGUAAUUUUGUAUUUUUUGCACAUUUUUAAACUUUAUACUUAAGUGCUCCUAAAUAAAGACUUUAAAUCUCUA